AUGCCGCCAAAAGUUCAACGAACCCCGGCGAAGAAGCAGACGGAAGAAGAAGAUGAGUUAGACGGCCUGAUCCACCUCCGGAACCAGGAGAUGGACACCCUCGAGGAGCUCCAAACGGAACUCGCUGGUUGGGCACGAGCUGAUCGCACGGCUUCGGAUGUCCGAUCGCAUCUGAAGAACCUGGAGCGGAUCAACAACGACUUCGGCAACCUCCACCAGCGAAUUGUCCUCCUGACCGACUCAAAGACUCGGGGUCCACACGACGAGAAAAGGAAGCAGUUCAGGAAGCUGCACGACCAGUUCGACGGCAAGUACGAGUCCUGGGACAGAUUCAAGGUAAUGUUUAAGGACGUCGUGGACAAGUCAAACGAACCGGCCAGAAUCAAGCUCUACCACCUGGAACAAGCCUUGAUCGGAGGAGCUGCAGGUUCGAUCGACGAAAAGACCAUCCAGGAUGGCAACUACGAGCGAGCCUGGGAACUGCUGGAAGAGCGGUUCGAAGACAAGCGGCGGAUGGUCGAUCUCCACAUCGGCGGUCUGCUAGGAGUGCAGAAGUUGGAAGAGGAGAGCCACGCGGACUUGAGAUCCCUGCUGGACAACUUCACUGGACACGUCGAGAACCUCAAGUUCCUGGGCCAGGAGUUCUCCGGAGUGUCCGAGCAGAUCGCCGUCUACAUCUUGGCACACGCGCUGGACGAAGGAACCUACAAGCAGUGGGAGGCGACCAUCAAGCGUGGGAACUCCCGAACCAAGCCCUCCGCCAACAAGCCGUCUCAGCGAGCCAACGCGGCCACAACGCCGUCGCAGCCGGAAUUCCGGUGCGAGAUCUGCGCCGAGGCACACCAAACGUUUCGAUGCUCAACGUUCCUCGGAUACACGGUGGCCCAGCGAAAGGACAAGGCGAGGGAGAAGAACCUGUGCUACAAUUGCCUGCGGCCAGGACACUCAACGAAGCGGUGCUCGUCCAAGUACACCUGCGGUAAGUGCCAACGGAGACAUCACACAACGCUGCACGAACCACGAGAGCAGCAAGAACCUGCGCAGAAGCCGGCCACUCCCCAGAGUGUGGCCCCACAAGUGAAUCAGCCGCCAGUGGUCCAACCCGCUGGCACAUCUCAGCAGACGUCCAGCCAAGCGACCUGCAACCACACCCAGACGGUGAAGACCGUGAUGCUGCUCACCGCGGUCGUUAACCUGCUCGACGACCAGGGCCAAUCCGUGCCCUGUCGCGUCCUCCUCGACAACGGUUCCCAAGUGAACUUUAUUACGCUCACUAUGGCCGAUCGCUUAAAGCUACAACGAGUUGCUGCCAACGUCCCGAUCUGCGGCAUCGGGGCCGUGAAGACCUACGCCAAGGAGUCUGUCACGGUCGAGCUCAAGUCCCGAGUCAGCAACUUCUCCGUCAACGUCGAGUGCCUGAUCGUGCCGAAAGUGACCGGGAUGGUUCCAGCUGUGCCAGUUGACAUCAACGAGUGGCCGAUUCCUGUCGGCGUCCAGCUGGCCGACCCAGCAUUCCACAAGCCUGACCGCAUCGACAUGCUGCUGGGGGUCGCAAUGUUCUUCCGGUUGCUAAAAUCGGGACAGAUGGAGUUAGCUGGCAAUCUACCGGAGCUGCGCGAGACUCACCUCGGCUGGGUCAUCGCCGGAGAAGUUGGAGACACCGUCCCAAGCCCGCAGUACACGCACACUGCCACACUCGACGACAUCAACGAAGCGAUCCAGAGAUUCUGGCAGGUCGAGGACAUCGACAGUGCCACAGCGGUCUCCACCGAGCAAGAAGAAUGCGAGGCGUUCUUCGCGUCCACCCACAAGCGGGAUCCAACUGGCAGAUACGAGGUACGCUUGCCAUUUCGUCCAGUCGUCGCCAAGCUCGACGACAACCGCAGCCUCGCUCUUCGGCGCUUCCUGUCGCUGGAGCGGCGACUCGCUCGAGAUCCUGCUUUGAAGCUGCAAUACGAGGCCGACGACUUACCGAACACGAACUGCUACUACAUGCCCCAUCACGCUAUCCUGCGCCCCUCGAGCUCCACGACCAAGUUGAGGGUCGUAUUCGACGCAUCUGCAAAGAUGUCCCCCACGAGCGUGUCCCUGAACGAAGCCCUCCAGAUCGGAGGCACUGUCCAGAACGAUCUCUUCUCGAUCCUCCUCGCCUUUCGAAAGCACCCUGUCGCCUUCACUGCAGACCUCUCGAAAAUGUACCGCCAGAUUCGCGUGGCCCCGUCCGACUCUCGUUUCCAACGAAUCUUCUGGCGGGCCGAUCCGUCCGAGUUCAUCCGUGUCCUGGAACUCACCACGGUGACCUACGGAACUGCGUCCGCACCCUUCCUUGCUACGCGAUGUCUGGUCCAGCUCUGCGACGACGAAGGUGAAAAUUUUCCGCUGGCUGCCAAGAUAGUGCGCGAGGCCUGCUACGUCGACGAUAUCUUGUCCGGUGCGAGCUCCCCCAAAGAAGCAAUCGACUGUCUGACGCAGCUGCAAGGCUUGCUCAGUCGCGGUGGAUUUCCUAUCCACAAGUGGACCUCUAAUGAACCGUCGGUGAUGGAACGCAUACCAGAAAGCGAUCGAGAGAAGCUGAUCGACCUGGACGGAUUGAUCGGCGGUGUGGUCAAGGCCCUGGGACUUUACUGGAGUCCAGGAGACGACGAGUUUCGUUUCACCGUCACCCAAGCUGAAGCAGAUGCCACCAAGCGCCGUGUCCUCUCGGAGAUCGGCAAAUUCUACGACGUGCUGGGACUCCUGUCGCCGGUCAUCAUCAAGGCCAAGAUCCUGAUGCAGCGAGUCUGGCUCGCUGGUCUAUCGUGGGACGUUCUGCUGGAAGGCGGGAUGAUGGACACGUGGCACCAAUUCCAAUGCGCACUCCCCGACGUGCGCGACAUCCGUAUCCCUCGGUACGUGAUCGGGCCUGGCAACCCGGGCCUGGAGCUUCACGGAUUCAGCGACGCCUCCAAGGUCGCCUACGGUGCGGUGACCUACGUUCGCAGUCUUCUCCCGAACGGCAAGUGCAAGAUGCGGCUGCUUUGCAGCAAAUCGAAAGUGGCGCCAACCAAGCCACUGGACAUCCACCGACUGGAACUGCUUGCCCUUCGACUGCUCUCGAGGUUGGUGGUGAAAGUCAUCGCGGCGCUGAAUCUCCCGUUCCGAAACGUGGUGCUGUGGUGCGACAGCCAAGUCGUGCUUGCGUGGAUCAAGAAACCGCUGGACCAGCUACAAACGUUCGUGCGCAACCGCGUCGCGGAGAUUCGGAGAGAGACCGGCGGCUUUAUCUUCAAAUACAUUCGCUCCAAGGACAACCCGGCCGACCUGAUCUCUCGGGGCAUGUUUCCGGCCGCCCUGAUGAAAUGCGUGAAGCUAGUUACCUUGCUGGCCUGCAACACGACCGACUUCCCGAUCUUCGAGGACUGCAGCUCAUUUCGGAAGCUGCAGCGGAUAAUGGCGUACGUGCUGCGUUUCGUGAACAAUUGCCGGAUCAAGAACCCCACGGAACGAACUCGCCUACGCCAUCUCACCGUUCCUGAGCUGCGGUCGUCCCUGAAGCUGAUCGUGAAGGUGGUGCAGCACGACGUGCUGUCUCAAGAGAUCCAGCAAGUGGCCGAGAACGACACGGCCGGGCGUCUCCAAGGUUUGACGCCGUUCCUACACGAAGGCCUCCUACGAGUUGGAGGAAGACUACAGCAUUCCGAGCUGCCGUUCGCAGCCAAGCACCAGCUGAUCCUGCCCAAGCACAGAAUUACCAACCUGAUUGUGAAGGCCUACCACGAAGAACACCUGCACGCGGGGCCGUCGUCCCUGCUCGCAAUCCUGCGGAGACAGUUCUGGCUGCUCGACGGACGGUCGACAGUUCGGAGCGAGACGAGAAGCUGCGUGACGUGCUUCCGCGCGAAGCCACGCAGUACGAGCCAGCUGAUGGGAAGACUUCCGUCCUGCCGUGUGACCGAGAACCUUCCGUUCGACGAGGUCGGCGUUGACUACGCCGGACCGAUUUCUGUGAAGGUAGGAACCCGGAAGCCACAGAUCGUCAAGGCAUACUUUGCCGUCUUUGUAUGUAUGGUAACCAAGGCGAUCCACCUCGAACUUGUUUCGGACCUCACGACCGAGGCAUUCCUGGCCGCCCUCCAGCGCUUCGUCAGCCGACGCGGGGCCAAGACAGAACUUCACGAGCUGUACAUCCUCUUCAACGAACGCACGUUCAACGACCGGGUCCAGAUGUACUGCCAGCCCAAGGAGAUCACCUGGUCGUUCAUCCCUCCCGGCGCGCCGAACUUCGGUGGCCUUUGGGAGGCCGCUGUAAAGAGCACGAAGUACCACCUGAAGAGGAUCCUCAAAAACGCACAGCUUACCUUCGAGCAGUACGCGACCGUGCUAGCGGAGGUCGAGGCCGUGCUCAACUCAAGGCCGCUUUUCGCAACGUCAACCGACCCUGCGGAUCCGGAAGUCCUGACGCCGGGACACUUUUUGAUCGGCCGUCCGUUGACGGCAAUCCCGGAACCGGCGUACGAGGGAACACCGACAAACCGGCUGUCCAAGUGGCAGCACCUGCAGCUCUUGCGAGAGCACUUCUGGAGAGCUUGGCGACGGGACUACCUGACGACCCUCCAGCCAAGAGGAAAGAACCGGAAGGAGAUGCCGAACGUCCGCCCUCAAAUGGUGGUCCUGCUGGAGGAGAAGAACGCGCCGCCACUUGAGUGGAAAAUGGGGAUUGUGCAACAGACCUACCCUGGACCGGACGGUCUUGUGCGCACUGCGGACGUGAAGGUUGGUGGCAGCGUCAUCCGGCGACCGACUUCAAAGCUGUCCGUCUUGCCGAUCCUGGACAACGAACCUGAAAAUUCUGCUGCGUCUUCGUCCCAGCCCGGGGGGAGGAUGUUGGCGGCUAGACUGGCUGCGUAA